CGCGAGCUUCCAUUCAGGGAGACCAUCUAGUUUUUAUUUUGUUGCACAUAGUACCAAUAUCUCGUGAGCUGGUGUUUUCUCUGGUUUCUGUCCUGUAUGAAAUGCGCCGGACUUACAGCCUUGAUGUGACGCUACAACAGAUGGGUUACCGAAAGGAGCCAAGUAAGCACAGCACGCUGGUCGUCCACCAAGCUUGGGGGCCGCCGUCUCGAAGAAUCCUUAGUAGCUAAAAAUAUGCCCGAAUAACCUCACAGGAGAAUACGCCAUGCCGAGCUAUCCUUGAGGUUGUUGUGGACUUUGGCGCUAGGGAUGAGCCUAUUUACCCUGCACCUGCUCCAUGCGUCUUUUCAUGGGUCCAACGCAUCACACGGUAUUAGGGAAUAGGCGUCUGAAUAAUCACACAAAAGCAAUGUUUUCCGCGGCUUCUUACGAUAACCGUAAGUAGUUGUUCAGCUCUGGGGAUCCCAGUUAUUUUGCCGUCCUAUUCCAUGUGUAUGCCAUGAGGUUUGGUCGGGUAAAGUUGAUACCCGAAGGAUGACGGGCAGCCUAGUUAACCGAUGCGCAGACACUCGUGCCAGCCCAAUAUGCAGCCUUUAAGAGACAAUGGGCAUCCCUCACCGUCAUUGGUUACUGGAUCUAGAUGCCGCCCGGGCACUGACCACGGGGUAGGGGCGUGCGGCUCGUUCUACAAAUUGCCCAGCAGAGGCCCUGGCACUGGUUGGUUAAGAUUGGUGUUGGUGGCCACGAUACUACUUCCAAGCCUGCUUGGAAGUACACACGAAGCAAAAUGGAAGGUGUUAAGUCCGCUGAGGGGGCAGGGCUAUCGGCCCGUCAGGCUACGGCAUCGCGGCUUCGGGCGUGUUGAUCCACAUCCCCCGUAAAGCUGGCCGACUUUGCUAGCAUAAGCCAUAAUGGAAUCCUUUGUGGGCUCCUGAUGGAAGUUCCCCGGGCACUUCUCGUCGAGGAGUCACUAGACGCAGAAAAGCGGCGUGGAUCGCCUUUGGUACCAUACCCCAAGGAGACUUUUCCGUGGGCUAGCCUUGUGUGCUAACCAUGCCACUAGGUACGCCCCAAGGAGUGUGGCUCUCAAGGGAAAUCAGAUACCCUCUAAACAUAUGAGUAAUGGGCGCUGCGGAUAUAUUAUCUCAACGUGAUCACUCACAUACGUUUGUUCUGCACUACCGCUCUAGCCCUUUCGUCGACGGGUUACUAUGGCCUCUGCGGUAGAUGCAGGCCAGACAACAAAUGAAGCCCAAAGGAGCCCUAAAGCCAAAAUGCCGGUUAAAUCAGCCUGUGAUGUGUGCCAUAAUAGCAAAGUCAAAUGCAGUGGCGGCAAUCCGUGUGCUGUUUGUGCCAAAGCCAAUCUCGAAUGCAAAUACACACCAGCCAAGGGGAUGGGCCGUCCAAGAGGUGUCAAAAACAAAAAGACUCGACAGCGUCUUCAAGAAGCAGCUGAAAGUAGACAGGAUCGAAUAUCAUCUACCGCGUCAGAAUCGUCCAGCUAUUCUCAGGCUUCAACGGCGCAGGAACAUAUCCAGGGCAUGGCCUUUGGUUUCAAUCCACACGGCCCAUUGGAACAUGAGUCUUUGGGACUCCCUACAACCACCUCCAACGACAUCUCAUAUCUCUACUCGCAGCACCCAGACACAUCCUCCUCAGAUUAUCUUGUUCUUUCUGGUUCGAUGCUAGAUGCCAAUGUUCCAUUGCCAAUGGGCCAGACAAUGUACCAAGCGACGGAAGAAUUCAACUUCUCCAGCACCAGUUAUUUGACCCAGCAAAUGACGAACCGAUUACCCAACACAGAACAGCCAUGUGGAUGUACGCCUCUCCUGGCAACUGAGCUGGUUAGGCUACAGUCCCAUCCGGGCGCAAACGAGAAAUUUUCAUUUGUUGUGAGCGUUAUUGAAGGAAGCAUAUCCACAUGGCAGCGACAUCUGGCUUGUAAUAUUUGCUUGGAAGCAUCGGAUGAGUAUAGAUUUACGUUAUUAGCGCUUCAGUUUCGGCUAGCUCUCGAACGCCUGGAAACAUUUUGCGAUGCAAACACGACAGAGACAUCUCAAGGAUCCGAUAGAGAUGCAAGACUUCACGGUUCAGGAGACAGUAUAAGAAGUAUUAGAAGAUCUUCACCAUCUGGCGUAAAUCAAGACCGCGACGAUAGGGUAACGGACUUUGUCACCCAUAAGCUUUCUACACUGGCUGAGGUGAUAAGACAGGCGCGCUGCCGCGUUGGGACGCUCAAGAGGUCCAAUUCCCUGAACUGUAUUAUUCCCGUCGGAUCCCCAGAGUCAUUCAUGGAUCACGAAUCCAUGGAUAUGCAACUGCAAGACCUGCUUGGUCGGAUAUACAAAGUGCAGUUGUGUUUGAUGCUUACGAAGACAUGAUUCAUUUGAUACCAUAUAGAUUAAGCGUUUUAUACAGUACAUAGGAAGUAUACAAUUUUUAUUGCUCUCA